AUGGUAGAUGAAACAGAGUCAAUUCUGAAAACUGCCAAGUGUAGGUGGAAAACCAUGAAAUGGCCCUGGCUGGAGGCCAUGAUACACAUCUCGUCACGAAUAAUAGAAACAACGAGCAUAUUGGGCCAUUACACCACACGUUGCCAUUAUCCUCGGAUGCUGUAUGAUUAUCUUCUGAUUUGUAGACGUGUCUGCCUCAGAACUUCUGGAGAUGAUGACGAGAGACAAAACGUUGGCACGGCGAGGCAGGGGCGGGCUUGCCGGUGCCAAGAAGAGAGUCGGUCGGGAAACUCCGCGUCGCAAGAGCGACGCGCGCCCUCGGUCAGCCAGCGGAAGGAAGUCGCGACUCGUGAGAAAGAGCAAUCAGCAUCGGGCAAGGAAGGUACGAGUGGCCUGAGGGGACAGAAAGAGCAAGUUAAACAAUCUGAUAUCUGGAUGCAGCAAGAGCAGUGGAUGGGAUCAUUGAGGAAGGAGCUACUACACGCGUCCAACGACUCUUCCGAGAGCGUCCACACCGACCGACGACCUCCCACCAACGCUUCCAUACCUCCCAUGGCUCCUGGAAGCCUCUCCAUACCAGACAACCUGGCCGGCCUUUCGGGCUUGGAUGAUGCGACAACAGAUCAGUCGCUCAUGGACGCCAACAACGACCAUGAAGGCGAUGCGACCGACGCGAAUGAGAAUGACAAUGAUAACGAUAACGACAACGACAACGACAACGACAACGAUGCAGCUCCAUCGACAUAUACAAUUGUCUGUGAGGCUGCUCCACCUGAGCGACGCUUCCCCUCGUUCGAGGCUGCCAUAGAAUACGGUAAUCAGUGGUCGCGUGAGAAUGGCUUCGACCUUGUGCGCAUCAACAAGGGCAAGCAAGGUCGCAAUCCUCAAGGCGUGACUUACAAGUUCUUGUGGGAAUGCAAGCGACAUGGCAAACCUGCAAACACUCGCAAGUUGACGCCGGACAGACGGCAGCGUGCAGCAAGAGGUUCAGUGCGCAUGGGCUGUCGCAUGCGUAUCGUCCUUGUCGCCGUCGAGCCUCAAGUGCCUCAAGGCGAGUGGCAGAUCAGACACUGCGGUCGUAACGGCCACAACCACGGCCCUGACAAUGCAGAGUCGUUCCCUGCCGUCCGCCGUCGCACUCGCACGCAUGAGAUGGACGUCUUCAUGGCCACACAGCUGCGUCAAGGGCUUUCGAGGUCAGAAACGCUUCAACUGGUCCGUCAGCACUGGCCAGACGCACUCGUCACCCGUCAAGACAUUGGCAAUUUUGCAAAGACUUUUGCUCAGAAAAUUGGUGCUGCUCGGCUUACCCCUGAGGAAACUCCCGACAACUCGCCCAUGCCCCCUGUGCCUUCUGCCUCGACUAACAACGCUGCCAUUCUGCCUCUCAACCCCCACCAUGCUCCUCACAACCAGCCACAGCAGUCCAUCUCUCACCCACAUCAACAUCCCAUGCAACCUCUCGGUCUGCCUUUACAGCAGUCAAACAGUGACACCACCCGCGCAGCAUACCAAGCUGGCUACCAAGCAGCCGUCGAGCAGCAUCGCAUCAACAACGAUCUGAAUCACCGCGUGCAGACACUCGAGAGUGCUGUCCAAGUUCAAGAUCGUAUCGCGUCUCUCGAGCAGACUGUCAACAAUUUGACUCAGCUCAUCAUGAGUGCUUAUAUGCCUCAUCUUCAGCAUCCUCAGUCUUGA